UCGAAAAGGCGUUUGCUUUUUUCUAUUUAAGAGUUUGCAUAUGUACAUCCAUACUAUUUAUUUGGUUCAGAGUUCCCAAAGAAAAUUAAUAAUACUACAUCUCUAAGCAGUCUGCAACACAAAUCUAAAUUGUCUGUGCCCCUAUUUGCCUCAUGACUACUACCCCUGUCGUUCAACGCAUUUCAGAAUGCUUCGUCAAACCACAUGGUUUAACCCAAGUGUCAAACCAAAUAUGUCAUUUAACACAAUGGGAUAUUGUUAUGUUGUCUAAGCACUAUAUCCAGAAGGGUCUACUCUUCAAGAAACCCACACCUCUUGUUGAUCAACAUGAUUUCAUAGAGAAUCUCUUGGAGAAGCUCAAACACUCUCUUUCUCUCACUCUCUCCCAUUUUUAUCCUUUGGCUGGUCGCCUUGUCACCCAAAAAUCCCAAGACCCUCCUUCUUAUGCUGUUUCUGUUGAUUCCAAAAACAGUGAUGGAGCCAGAUUCAUCUAUGCAACUCUGGAUAUGACCAUAUCUGACAUCCUCUCUCCCGUUGACGUCCCACUCGUUGUUCAGUCAUUGUUUGACCACCACAAAGCAGUCAACCAUGAUGGUCACACCAUGCCCCUUUUGUCCAUCCAAGUCACCGAAAUAGUUGAUGGUGUUUUCUUAGGUUGUUCCAUGAAUCACGCUGUCGGUGAUGGCACCUCUUAUUGGAAUUUCUUCAAUACAUGGUCUCAGAUCUUUCAAGCUCAUGCUAAAGGGCACGACACUGAUGUUCCCAUUUCACACCAACCUAUUCUCAGCCGCUGGUUUCCGAAUGAUUGUGCUCCACCAAUAAAUCUUCCUUUCAAACAUCAUGACGAGUUUAUCAGCAGAAUUGAAGCACCCUUGAUGAGGGAGAGAGUCUUCCACUUCUCAGCAGAGUCUAUUGCAAGACUGAAAGCAAAGGCCAACAUGGAAUCCGAUACCACAAAAAUCUCUUCAUUCCAGUCACUAUCAGCACUUGUUUGGAGAUGCAUAACUCGUGCAUGUUCCCUACCUUAUGAGCAAAGAACAAGUUGCAGGUUAACCGCAAACAAUCGAACAAGAAUGGAACCACCUUUGCCUCAGCAAUACUUUGGAAACUCAGUAAGUAGGUUGAAUGCACAAACAACAGUAGGGGAAUUACUUGAGAACAAUCUAGGAUGGGCUGCAUGGAAGUUGCACCUGGCUGUUACAAACCAUAACGACAAAGUGGUUCUGCAAUCACUCAAAAAGUGGUUACAGUGUCCUUUAAUCUAUCAAAUUGGUCAGCCCAUGGAUCCGUACGAUGUGUUGAUAAGUAGCUCACCCAGGUUCAACAUGUAUGGAAAUGAGUUUGGAAUGGGGAAAGCUGUAGCAGUGAGAAGUGGUUAUGCCAACAAAUUUCAUGGGAAAGUGACAUCAUACCCAGGUCGUGAAGGAGGGGGAAGCAUCGAUUUGGAAGUGGGCCUUUUGCCACAUAUAAUGAGCGCUCUGGAAUCUGAUGAGGAGUUUAUGAAGGUUGUUUCGGUUUCCAAUCCCUUAUGCUAGUUUGCUAUUGUUCCCAGUGUUAGUAAAAUAAAAAUCAUCUAUUUUUAAUAUUGUAAGUGUUAGAGAAUUUAGAAUUAAUGUUGUAUGGUACAAAUAUGCAAGCAUUUGAUGCAGUAAGAUUAAAGUAAUGAAAAUGAUAGAAUAUGGGUUUGAUGUAUGGUAUAUCUUCAAGCAUUUGAUUCUUCA